CUGGCCCGCCCGGCAGUCGGAGCGGAGGGGGACUGCGAGGCGAGGAGCUGCAGGCGGUGUGUGUGAGCUGGCGACGGACACCGAAUGAUCUCCACGACGGCUCUCCCCCUUUACACCUUUAUAUCACCGCAGCAAUGAACGCACUCUUACUGUAAAGGUGGUUUUUGUUCCAUAUCUGGGUCGAACGAUGUGAUUGCUAUCGGAGGCAGCUGCACUCCAAUGGUCGAGGACCUCACCUCACUUCAUUAGAAUGUACUUGAUGAAUGUACCUCCUGUCGCAGCGACGCAAACCAAAUGGAGAACAUGUGGCCCACCUGGAGGCUAUAGCCUUCCAAUCUGCUUCAAUGACUCUGACACCGAGUUGUCCACCAGAGGCACCCCUAUCUCAGAUAAGGUCCAGAUGAUCAUAGAGAGCCUGAGGAGCACCCAGUCCUCACUCGAGAUGGGCGACGAGAUCGAGGAAAAUGUGCCACCAGGACAAGAAGUUCAUCCCCAAGUCUGCAAGGUUGCAAUGGGGUCUUAUGUUGGUCCCAAUCCCAAAACUAAAAGCCCCACAGAAAACCAACAGGCAGAUGUUGCCUCCCCAAUCAACCAUGAGAGCAGUGACUCUGACAGCGAUGAUUCUGUGGACCGAGGCAUUGAGGAGGCCAUACUGGAAUACCUGAAGGAGAAGGAUGAUCACAAACGCAAGGCUGAGCCAUGCUUAGCCUUUCUCCCACCAUCCAAAAUUCCCAGGAAAAGCUCACCCGUUCCUGAUGAUGCCACACAGACCCCUGACAGCAAUACCUUUUUGAUUGCCAGUAGCCAGCUUCCAACAAGUAUCAAAGCUGAGACUUCCACAGCACCAGCUGUCGUACCUAUAAAAAAGUACAUCAAAAACAGGGCCUUCCUAAAUGACGACACAGUUGAGAGAUUGGAUUCAAAUCAAAGUACAACUGCCAAAAGUUUAGUCUUGCCCAAAGAGCAGACCAAGCGCCUCUCGAAAACAAUCAGCUUCUUCGACAAAGUAAAGUGCCCGGUCCAAGUUGAGGACAAUGAAGAGUCGAAUGAUUCCAGUAGUGACGACGGCAUCGAGGAAGCCAUUCAAAUAUACCAGUUGGAGAAAAAAGAGCAGGAGAACAAAAGGGAAACUUUCAUUCCACACGCGUUCAAAGAAGAGUCGGACUCCACCAGCGACGAUGGGAUCGAGGAAGCCAUUCGUUCCUACCAGCUCGAGCAACUCAGGGAGAAGCCUGUCCUGCAGCCAUUCUUACACAAGCAAAAACCCUUCACCAAGUCACUGAUACACGCUGUUGGAAGUGCUAGCACGGAAAACAUGAAGAGACACAGACUGAGAAAGAAAAAGACCAGAGCAGAGAAAGAAGCUAAAUCCGUCCAACUUCCGUCGUCUUCUGUUUUCACACCCAAGAGUGCACUUUCAGAGAGCUCCAAGAGUAAAGGAAAUGGAUUGCUUUCGUUUAAAGAAGAUGGUUUGAAGGAGCAACCGUCCCCUGCCCUCCCAAAGGCUAAUACAACCGCAGAGCUCAUGUGUGCUGAGGCAAUACUGGACAUUUCAAAAGCGGUCAUGCCCGUCGCCUUCCAUCACAGCGUUGGCCUCAGCAGUUGCGCUCCUAUCGAAUCGUCCUUGCAAUCUUCACCCCCUGACAUCUGCCCCGAUGAGGAAAGCGACGGCAGUUCCAUCGAUAGUGAAGAUGGGAUAGAGCAAGAAAUCAGGAUUUUUCUUGAGCAGAAGGCCCAAAUGCAGAAGCAGCUGCCCACAGCUACGACUCAAGAGCCGCAGCGUGCAAAUCAACCGGAGAAAGUGAAAGCAAAUGUCGCGACCCAAAAGAAACCUUCCAGAUUGUCUUUGACACAGAGAACAAAACUCAAAGAGGGAAACUGUAGCAUUUCCAACACGUCGGGGACGGAUAACAAUGUUAAAGAAACGUCCCCUGAACCUUUACCUGAGCAUGGCCAAGAAUCCAGCCCACUGGUAAUUCCCCAGAGAAGUCCGACAAAACCAAUAGCUGGAUCACGCAAGGCGGAGCAAAGCGGAGACAAAAGCAGCUCGCUUGACAGUGACGAGGACCUGGACUCUGCUAUAAAAGACCUGCUCAAGACAAAGAAGAAAUCAAAGAAAAAAAGAGACCUGAAGCGGAAAUCAAGGAUGUGCCCCAAGGGUGAAGAACCACAGCUGGGAAAUGCUUUAGAGACCAAAAAGUUCAAAUCUGAUCCUAUUUCCAAGUUCAGUCCUUUGAAGAGUAAGGAUGACGUGAAAGACAAGGCCGGAUUGAGUAAAAUGAGCGUCUCACAACCUAAACUAGCGAUUAAGAAAGAGCAUGACGAUGAUCAUGAAGGGGAACCAGCAGUCGGGGGUCAAGACACCCCCCCGUUGCCGCACAAUACUCCGACUACUCUUGCGAUACAGGAAGACAGCAGCUCGGUAGACAGCGACGAUAGCAUUGAGCUAGAGAUCAGAAGGUUUCUGGCUGAGAAGGCCAAAGUUUCCACCACCGCAGAGAAAAGUACAGAUGGAGAUGUAUCCAGAAAUGGCGACGUCGUGGUUUGUGCAGCACUUCAAGAUAAAGACAUCAAACAGGAAAAUCAGCUGGCUGAAAUUCCAAUUAUCAGUCCUCCCUCUGGACAAUCUCCUCCGAGGAGUCGUCCUUUUCCAGCGCCAAUGCCAGACGUCUCUGCCGACGGUUCGCAGUCACGCCUGCCAUCGGUCCAGUCCUGCAGCCCCAGCCUUUUGGAACCAGCGGACGGGGCGGGGGCUGCCAGAACCGAGCAAUGGAGGCCCGGCUCUGGGAGAGGGGACGGACAGGAUGUCCCCCCACAGAUCGAGAGAGUUUGGUCGCUUGUGAGUCCUAACACUGCCGAGUCAAUCAAGUGGCGCCAGAGCUUCGGAUUCCCCACGACUGACACUAGGACUACCAGCCGGACUCCGUUCCACAUCACUUCAUCUAAAAUCAACGAGACUGCAUCAGCAACUCCACCAUAUCCAAGCGGGGGCCACAAAUCACAGACUCCAGUCCCAGUUUGGUCCUCCGCAAGGACCAGCAGAGCACCUUUCCCCUGCUCUACAGAGACUAAUGUAAAUCCCAAGUUCAGGUCCCCUGUUUCCAGUCAUUCGUCUACUGCCAGGCAGCAUCCAAGGGCGCCCUUUGCACGGAGCCUCGCGCCGGGCAGCAGAUCCCAGUGCCCCAUAGAAGGAGAGACGGAGAGUAUGGUGCACAUAUCUAAGGAUAAGAGUGUGUUUGUCGAGCUGGAAUCUAAUAGGACCAACCAUGUCCAGGUUCGAAGCAGGGAAAGGAGCGAGGGAAAGGAGAGAGCAGACGUGCUGAGUGAGAUAAAAAGAGAAAGCGAGAGCAUGAAGAUAGACGAUAAACGAGUGCAUCUAGAAAGAACAGAGGAAGAGUUUAUAGACGAGGCAGAUUGUGAGUCAGGCAACAGGAGAAACCCAGAGAAGAAGCAGGGCUUUCCCACGUUGUCUUUGUCCAGUGCUAUUGACCCUGGCAUCACCUUCAGACCUUGCAUAGCUCUUACCACAGAGGACAGAAGCAAGAUGUUCAACAGGAGGUUCCAGGCUGAAAAAUGCAAGAAGGGGAUACCUUCUCGCAAGAGAGCUCCAGUAAAAAGCAAGGCUGUGCAGCGAGUAAAAAGAAAGCUUCAGUUUAUUCAUGUGAACAGGGAAAAUGAAACACCCAGCCACCACAAUUUAGCAGAAUAAAACUUAAUUCUGCAUUUGAAACAGGCAUGCAGAUUAUGUUUGAUAUUACAGUAUGCGGGUUGUUUAAUAUUUAAUAUGUUAUCAUUUUGCAUUCCAUCAAGAGCGUCCUUUUGUUUGUGUGAAGUUUGCAAUUAGAUUUAAGGUUGCAGGCUAGUGGCAUUGGAUUUUAUUUUGCAUUUUUAUACAGCACAUACUUUUUGAGUUGGACUUUGAAAAAAAGAAGGUUUGGCCCUGUUUUGUUAUGUUGAAGGUUCAAUAUUAAAGACGCUGUUUAAAAUAGGUAAAGUUAAAUGAAAGUUCACUUGUUAAUGUAGCAAAUGAAGGGCAUUUUUUUAAAGAUACAUUUAGUUUCAUGUUACUACUGAAAAAUUAGAUAUUACUGGUGGAAGGGGUAUUCGUUAGUUGCUAUUUUAUAAAUACUGUGUUGUCAUGGAUCAUAUAGAUACCAUGAAUUAUCUUAUACUACAGCAUUUCAUUUU